AACACAGAAAGAGAGAGAGAAAGUGAUGCAAAAAAUAAUAAAGCGGAUCGGACCCAAAUAUGUCUCCAUUGCCAGAACGUGGGUUCCGACGCUGCUCGGAUGGGGUACAGUUGGUGGCCUGGCUGUUGUAUAUUUCACAGACUGGCGGCUGAUCAUGGAUUAUGUUCCCUACAUCAGAGGCAAAUUCAAGAAGGACGACUAGUUGACCAGAUCUCUGGAAAUCUGCUGCUGUGCAUUUUAGCCGGGAACAAACAGCUGAUGCUUUGACCAACCAGUAGGCGGCGCUGCUGAUGUGACAUUCAGCCAUAAAGAUCGAAGAUCUGCCACAGUGUUAUAUUUGUGUUGAAAAUAUCUUAUAAUGUUGUUUGUGUGUAAAUCAGUCUUGCUUACAAGCUGUUGUCUGUACAGGGAGUCUAAAAUGGUUUAGUUUUAUGCGUGGCACAUCCAUAUUGCGUUACUUUUGUGAAUAAAUGGUGAUAUUUCUCUA